GUGCUGAAGGGUUUCCCCGACUGCCUGCAGGCAGACAUCUGCCUCCACCUCAACCGCACGCUGCUCCAGAACUGCAAAGCCUUCCGAGGAGCCAGCAAAGGCUGCCUGCGUGCCCUGGCCAUGAAGUUCAAGACGACCCACGCGCCGCCCGGAGACACCCUGGUGCACUAUGGAGAUGUCCUCACCACGCUCUACUUCAUCUCCCGGGGCUCCAUCGAGAUCCUCCGGGAAGACAUUGUGGUGGCCAUCUUAGGGAAGAAUGACAUCUUUGGGGAGCCCAUCAGCCUCUACGCCCGCCCGGGGAAGUCCAAUGCUGACGUGAGGGCCCUGACGUACUGCGACCUGCACAAGAUCCAGCGGGAGGACCUGCUGGAGGUCUUGGACAUGUACCCAGCCUUCUCUGACAACUUCUGGAGCAACUUAGAGAUCACCUUCAACCUGCGAGAUGCAGACAGCGUUCCCCGCUCGCCGCUCAGCGCGGAGUACGACUGCCCCUACCGGCGGGCACACCGACGCAAGCGCUCCCUCUGCCAGCCUGACAAGCCUGACCCAGACACGGGCAUCUCUGAUGCAGAGCAAUAUCACACCUACUCAGAGCUCACCAACCCGCAGGACCCGCUGAGUAAGGACCAGUGGGACGACCUGGGCAGCAGCACCACUCCCUGCUCCCAAACCAGCAAUGACGAGGCCAAGACCGGCAGCCCUGUGAAAGCUGAGCCCUUCCCCUCGUCCAAAAAGGAUGACUUUGCUCUGCCCACGCUCAGCCUCGUCACCACCAGCGCCGGCGACACGGAGGUCGGCAAGCAGGCAGCAGAGAGCAGCCAGACCUAUGCAGCCACCCCGCUGGACAUCCCAAAUAUGUUCACUUUCUGGGAGGACCGAAGGCCCAACCACGACCCAGAGCCUCUCCAACACAUCUCCUUGGUACAGAGCUCACAGGACGUCCCUCUGCACAGCGACUACCGGCCGGGGCAGAUCGAGUCCAGGCUGGAGCUCCUGCAGGCCCAGCUCAGCAGGCUGGAGUCCAGGAUGUCGUCAGACAUUAAUAUAAUCCUCCAGCUCCUGCAGCGCCAGCUGUCCCAAGUGCCACCCGCGUACAGCCCCAUCUCGCCCUCCUCCCACAACCUGGCCAUGUACGGCGUCCUCCCGCGGAGCCUGGAGCCGCUGGCCCCCUGCGCGCCCCCGGGGGACAGGGCGGCGACAGCCCCGGAGCAGAGCCCGAGCUACACGGAGGUAGAGAAAUUCCACUUGAAAUCCAGGGACUCCUUGUCAAGUGGAAUGCACCCUGCUAUGGCAUCUGAUGAAACCAUGACGGUCUACUCCGAGCAGGAGCACCAUUCCCCACCUCUCCCCAUCCCAGAGCCUCCCCACCAAAGGGCACCAAAUACCCAGGGACUCUUCCGGGGCUCUCGAUUCCCUUCCCUCCCUGAGCACUUGGAGGCAUCUUCCGAGCACCAGGACAUUCAGAGACACCUCUCCGACCCAGUGCUUCCUGGAAGUUAG